UCUGGCAAAUGGUCGACCACAUCUUUGAGGUCGUAUUUACGAGCUCCUCCGCUUCCCUUCAUUCCUCUCCAGCGUAUCUCGACAGAGUACAUGCCCGAUUCGGUCAACAAGUUGGUGGACGGGCUGACGCUGCGGAAGGCAUCUACAGCCAAGGCUUUUGCUUUCCUUGAGCUUCUGAGCAUCGCUCGCUAUGAUAAGACCAGAAAGAGCUGCAUAUACACCGAACAACAGCUCGACGACCACCGAUCUGUUUGGGAGAUCGUUCUCUCGAGCUCCCUCGAGGUCAUCAACGAUCUGUCGACUCGAGUGGAAAAGUCGGCAGAGACGAGCAAGUCGUCCACGACCGCAACCGCAAAGGCAGCAACCUCGCUACAAUCCCGAAGCACGGGCUUUCAGCGACCCACUGCGUACCCCAGGCUGCACAACCCCAGCCCGUCAAAGGUUCAGGCCUUUGUCGACAAGCUUGGUAAGCUUGUCUACCGAUCCGACGACGAGCUGCGCGGAUACGACGACAAUGUCCUCGAGCCGCUCAACGUCCUUCAGCCAGACGCCAAGCGACCGGCAAGAGACGGAGACCUGGUCGGCAGCGGCGCACAGCCGCCGUCGCUUGGUCAGGGAGAGCGCCACCCGUCGCUGCGGCACCGACUCAGACCCGAGGAUCCCGUCAACGGCGGCAUCUCCUCCAAGCCAAUUACCGCCACUGGGCCCGCGGAGCCCAUUCAACGCCGCAUUGUCUCCCGGCUCGCGGGCGGCGAGCAGCUGCCGUCUGCCCAACCGCCCAAAGCACGCGUUGUCGAUCAGGGCGCUGUCCCGCGGUUAGAAGAUGCACAGACGCUCUGGCAGAUGAUCGAUGCCAUCUCGGUCGUGAUCCUUAAGAGAGCUGAGGGCACCAUUCUCGGAAACUGGAAGGCGAGUCUCAAAGAAGCAGCCAUGUUCAGCAAGAUUCAGAUCUAUAUUUGGUCGAUCCAAGCGCUGUCGACGCUCUGCAUCAUGUCGGUUGGUCUGGACACGCAUGGAUAUGUCCAGAACAGCGUGCCGCAGGUGAUCGAGUCGCUGCUGCGGUGCAUCGAUGCACUUGAAAAGAUCCGGAGUGUCAAGGCGUAUCGGCUGAUCGGAGGCGUAUCGACACUCGCUACAUUCUUUGAGUUCUUUGGAUACAAGCAGAACCGUGACUGCGAGAUAUUGCUGGAUGUCCUGAAAAACAGCGUUUAUCAGAUCACGUCCAAGUUCUACGAUCGCUUCAACGAUGACCAGUAUUUCCAGUUUUCGGCCAAAUAUGCUGAUCGCCUCCAGCAAUUCCUGGACUUUGAUGCCUAAGGUCUCCCCCCCCCAACCCAGCUCCGUUACCCAUCCACUCAUCUACUCUCCAUCGCUGGCUCGGCCGUCGAGGCUGAUAGUGCGGCCUUUUCGCUGGAGCAGCAGCGAUGCACACAUCCGCAUUCGCCGUUA